AUGCAAGAAACCGUUCGAGAUCGACAAAUUCGUCCCGACAAACAAGAGCUCGCUGUCCUCUCUCGUAUCGGUGUCAUGUAUAAUGCACGCGGUCCAAACAACACUAUUCUUGUAAACCCAAAGCAUCCGAUCGUUCAGGGCUUCUACAAAGACAAGCCAAGGUCGAAGGCAUUGAUGCGGAAGAUAUUCGAGGCGGACCCAAGGCAUCGCUCGACGUCCAUUCCAUCGCGCAGUGGGCCAACGCUUGUGGCAAAUGCCCCUGCACAGCAACCGCUUCCGCCGCUGAUGAGCCCAUACACCAUACCGAUAAGAUCUGUGGACAACAGCCUCGACCCGCGUCUCCAGGGUCGCACCUCCUAUGGCGCGCCCGGCCAACUGGCGCUUCCGCAGCCCGAUACCGCCAGCAACAGCAGCGAAACCCCGACUGAUCCAGAAGACAUCGAAAAGAAGCUUCAGGACCAGGAGGUCGAGAAUCUGAACUUGAGAAUGCAGGCAGUUGUGAAGGAUCGUGAGAUUCGGAAGCUGAGGGCGGAGCUCGAGCAACUGCGCGCUCAAGCUGCUAACACUGGUGGCGCAUACUAG